AAGAAAGCUCCGCCUGCCAACAUUGCAGAGAGGCCGUAGCUUCCAUUCCAUCGCCACCUCGUUCUUCCAUGUUCUGUGCUGCGACAUUGCAUCGCCCAUGGCUCUGCAUCUUAGCGCUUAUCAGCCUCACUUAUUGUCUUCAUUAUCAGUCCGUCAAGAACAUACUACGAAGCCUUUGAUCAGAGUUUCUCUGCAUCCCUUCCAUUUGGCUGCUAAUUCUAGAAUUCCACCUCUUCACUCCCCUCCUGCUUUCAUUUCCAGGCGCGUUGUUCCAAUCCCUCUAAAAUCUUCGUCCACAAAUGGGGUCUCCCUUCAGAACCAUUUUGCCGCUUCGAGGGAGGACCAUGGCCAUGGGGAAUAUGAAGACAAUGUUGAGUUUCUGGAGAGGCUUAGAAGAUGGUUCGGUGUCUUUCUUUCGAUUUUGCCAGGUGGCGGAUGGUGGGACUUCUCCGAUGAUGUCAAUGUUCAAGGUCUUUCCGAGGCCAAGCCGGUGACUGUUUGGCGCGUGCUUGCCAAAAUGUGGGAACUUGUUGCUCAAGACAGCUGGGUUAUUUUCGCGGCGUUCUCGACUCUGGUUCUUGCAGCUGUUUCGGAUAUUUCGAUACCACAUUUCUUAACUGCAUCCAUCUUUUCCGCUCAGAGCGCGGAAAUUACAGUCUUCCAUCGGAAUGUGCGUCUCUUGGUUCUUCUGUGUUUAACUUCCGGACUAUGCAGUGGGAUACGGGGUUGCUGUUUUGGCGUUGCAAACAUGAUUUUGGUUAAGAGGAUGAGAGAAACAUUAUACUCUUCCCUACUUCUUCAGGAUAUAUCAUUUUAUGACACCGAAACAGUUGGCGAUUUGACAAGCAGGCUUGGGGCAGAUUGUCAACAAGUGUCACGUGUUAUUGGAAAUGAUCUUAACUUGAUAUUGCGCAAUGUUCUUGAGGGAGCAGGUGUAUUGAUCUACCUUUUGGCUUUGUCUUGGCCUCUUGGAUUGUGUACAUUGGGUAUAUGCACUAUAUUAUCGGUAGUUAUGCUAAUUUAUGGAAGGUAUCAGAAAAAUGCUGCAAGGUUGAUCCAAGAAGUUACUGCCUCUGCAAAUCAAGUAGCUCAGGAAACAUUCUCGCUCAUUAGGACUGUCCGUGUUCAUGGAACUGAAGGAGAAGAACUUGGGAGAUACCAAUGGUGGCUGAGGAAGCUAGCUGAUAUAAGUUUGCGACAAAGUGUUGCAUAUGGAUUUUGGAAUUUAAGUUUCAACACUCUUUAUCAUUCUAGUCAGGUUAUUGCCGUGCUGUUUGGAGGAAUGUUCAUUCAAGCAGGUCAUAUUACCCCAGAGAAGCUCACCAAGUUCAUUAUGUACAGUCAAUGGCUCAUUUAUUCAACCUGGUUGGUUGGAGACAAUAUAUCCUCUUUGAUGCAAUCAGUUGGAGCUAGUGAAAAAGUAUUUCAUUUCAUGGAUCUCUUACCAAGCAGCCAAUUCAUAGCAAGGGGGGUAAAGUUGCAGAGAUUAAUGGGGCAUGUUGAUUUUAUAAAUAUUUCUUUUCACUACCCAUCAAGGCCAACGGUACCUGUAGUCCAACAUGUAAGCUUUUCUGUUCAUCCUGGUGAGGUGGUUGCAAUUGUUGGUCUUAGUGGUAGUGGAAAAAGCACACUGGUAAACCUUUUGCUCCGGCUAUAUGAGCCAACAAAUGGUCAGAUUUUGAUUGAUGGCUACCCUCUUAAAGAGUUGGACGUCAUGUGGUGGAGAGAAAGAACUGGUUAUGUGGGACAGGAGCCGAAGCUCUUUCGCAUGGAUAUUAGUUCAAACAUCAGAUAUGGAUGCACACGUGAUAUAAAGCAGGAUGAUAUUGAACGGGCUGCCAAGCAGGCCUAUGCUCAUGACUUCAUCGCAGCACUUCCUAAUGGUUAUGAAACACUUGUUGAUGAUGAUCUGUUAAGUGGGGGACAAAGGCAGCGAAUUGCCAUUGCAAGGGCCAUCGUUAGGGACCCAACUAUUUUGAUCCUUGAUGAAGCCACCAGUGCACUGGAUGCUGAGAGUGAAUAUAAUGUCCAGGGUGUUUUUCGUUCUGUCAGAAGCGACUCCACACCGAGAAGCGUCAUAGUCAUUGCACACAGGCUUUCUACAAUCAAAGCAGCUGACAGGAUUGUGGUAAUUGAUGGUGGUCGAGUUGUUGAGAUUGGAAGUCACAGGGAACUUCUCUUAAAGGAUGGUUUAUAUGCACGACUGACCAGAAAACAGGCUGACACAAUGUCAUGAUUUUUUAUUGAUACUUGUACAAAGCGGAAAUUUGUUCCUUUUUUCUCUGGCUUCUCUCAUUUACCGUUGGGUAGAGGGCCAAGCAAAUAUUAUUUUUAACUGCUGAACCGGAUGUUCAUAGCAUUUCACAAGAGGAACGCAAUAAGUUUUAGCAAAGAAUAAUUGUCGUCUUGCUGCAGCUGAUUUGGAUGGAACUUCAAGGCAGCUUCAGAAAGGUCACACAAUAUCAAGUUCAUACAGCCUAUCAAAAGCAUAGGUUAAAUAUGGUAUAGAUAACUAUAUUCUUGAGUUCUGCUACUAACAUGGUUUGCUGUUACAGACUGUGGACAACUGCGUGUGUAAAUUACAAUUGAAUUUUGACCAAAAAAAAGGAAAAAAAAAAAAAGGUUCAUGUAAUGCAACUGUAAACUCACACAGUGAAGUCACAUUAUAUCUGUAGCUGCAUACAGUUUAUGAAGUUAUGUUAGUAGGGGUCACCCCUUAUUUGUCAA